AGGAAACGAGAGCAUAGGUGGUGGGAACAUACGGUUCUUACCGUAACACAACGUAACGCAAGUAGGCUAUUUAACAUAACAAAAGAACGACAACCAACAGUAUAAUCUCGGAAAUAACAAGUCAUCAUAUCAUCAUCACGAUGGCAAGUGGACAGCUGUCGAGGGUGGAGGCGUUGGCAUGCUCAGGCUGCAGGCAUGCAUGCCAUGUGAUGCUCUACUGUGACACGGAAACUCAGCUGUUUGGGAGAAUUCCCAUCAGACAUAUCAUACUGAUGCAGAUGCGCUUUGACGGUCUGCUGGGUUUCCCUGGCGGGCUCGUUAACCCACUGGAGGAGACCCUGGAGGCGGGGCUUAGCAGGGAAUUGUUGGAGGAGAUGGGCGUGGCGCUUCCUAUAUCAGUGGAAGAUCAUGUGGAUGCCUGCUAUGCCCCUGCUUCCACUCCCUCUCCCUCCUCCCGCCUUAUCACUCACUUUUACGUGAGGAAGAUGGAUGAGGAGCAGAUUAGGGAGGUGGAGAGAGCGGCUGCAUCCACUGCAACAGAUCAUGGACUGGAGGUCCUCGGAAUGGUCAGAGUCCCUCUAUAUACCACGAAAGGCGGAGGAGGCCUCGCAUCUUUCCUCUCACACUCUUUCAUAGGCAACGCUCGCUCCCAGCUGCUCGACUCCCUUCUGCGCCUCAACCUGGUCGCCCCCGAGGAGUUGCACAAAGCCCUCACACACUCUUUGAAGAUACACACACACACCGCAGACGACCUGAAAGCAGCCCUCACGCUGACAGUGGCGAACAGGAAGCGGUUGUGAAAGCACACCUGCACAUGCUCCGGCAACAUCCUCUCAAGCAUACACAUGAUUCAGUUUGGCCAUCGGCAGUGUACGACACAAUCCUUCUCACAAAGUUAAUCCUAAAUACACACACACACACACUCACACACACACACACACUGUCGUACUGAUUCUCAGAUGGUGACUCAUAAUUGCCUACUUUGCAUCAAACAGUUAGAGAAAAACAUCAACUGCUUCAACAAAGUGAUAAUAAAUUCAUUUACACUCAUUUAAA